AUUAGCUACACUUCCUAGAGACGGUUGCUACAACAGUUCAUUGCGCCCUCUCCUCUCGGUGGACAGUAGCAACCUACAGUAUCUUUGGAAGUAGCCUGUCCGCGACCAAAAAUUCACGUUAGCUUAAUAAUAAAUCUACAACUGCGAUACUUUAUUGUUUCUGCUAGUUUCUGAUAGAAAAAAUGGCUUUAGUUUCACAAAGCCAGAGAACUCCAAACGAAAGUUACACCUUCGCAAGUCGCCCCAGACCUGUUGAGAACCGCUCCAAAUACAGAGAGCCUCCGUCUGAACAGACACACAGUAAUUAUGGAAACAUUAUGUAUGACCGUCGUGUUGUCAGAGGAAACACUUACGCCCAACUAAUCACACCAACUACGGCUCAGCCAGACCUUGAAGCACAAAGACAACAGGAGAGUAGGAGGAGAGCCAUUGCUCGAAAACGAGCCAGAGAACAGUUCAGACCGAGUACUCCGGCGGCCCUGCAGGGCAGAAAACACAUUGAUGUACAAACAGAGCUUUAUCUCGAAGAACUGAGUGAUAUUGUAGUGGCAUCAGAUGUCGAGUGCCAGACUGAUGCUUUCCUGGACAAACCUGCAACCCCGCUCUUCAUACCUGCUAAAUCUGGCAAAGAUGUUGAAACACAGAUAGAGGAGGGAGAGCUGUUUGACUUUGACAGGGAGGUGCAGCCAGUGUUGGAGGUCCUGGUGGGUAAGACAAUAGAACAGUCCCUGGUGGAGGUGAUGGAGGAGGAGGAGCUGGCUUGUCUGAGGGCCCAGCAGAGGGCCUUCGAAGAGCUCCGAAAUAAUGAGCUGGCAGAGGUGCUGCGGCUUCAGGAGCAGGAGAGACGCCACAGUGAGGAGAAAAGGCGUAGAAUUGCCCAGCAAAAGGAGGUGCUGAAAAAAGAAAAAGAGACUGCAGAGAAGAUUGCUGCCCGGGCGUACACCCAGCAGUACUUGGCUGACCUCCUGCCUGCAGCCUUCGCCUCACUGAGAAGCCAUGGCUUCUUUUAUGACCCCGUGGAGAAAGAUAUUGAGAAUAACUUCUUCCCAUGGCUGAUGGUUGAGGUUAACAACAGUUUGGAGAAGAGAUACGCAGCAAGAGGGCUGCUGGACGCUAUCAUCCAUGAUGUCACCCUGAAGAGACUGAAGAUGUCCAAAGAGCUGGAGACACAGUGAUAAGGAUUCACUGAGAAAGGUCAAGGGCAUGAAUGCAUUAUGAAAAAUAAAAAUACAUUUCACCAACUUAAUUUGCAUAGGUUUCCCUUUGAGAACACAAUACUAGUGUAUAUUGUGUAAGUCAGUAAUUUGUUUUAACCUUAAAAUAAAUGUAAUGAUUGUAAUGAUUAGUAGGGAGUAUGGGGGAAAAUUCAAAUGCAAUUUUGUAUCCUUUUUUGCAAACAUUUGCACUUGUUCUUGUAUAUCAUAAAUUAGGGAUUUCUGUUAGUAUGAAGAGAUUAUGUAACUUUUUUGUGAAAGUUUCUCCAGUGUUUGAAGGUAUUUUUUUGCUUAAUAUUUUAAAGAUUGGUAGGCCUACAAAAUUAGCAACCCUGGCAUUAACAUUUUUAUCAUGUUGUGAUCCGAGGGUUGUUAUUAUCAGAGUUUUGCUGCAGUUAAUGUAGAAAAAUUGAAACUU